CAUAAGGCAGGUUUUUCCAUUGUAGGCAUAGUCAAACUUUGACAUUAAGUUCAUUUUGGCAUUUAGGGUCGCAGCUAAGUUCGUUAACUGUCAUUAGCCACACAAACAUGGCGCUGCGGAACCCCUCCCGCGCUUCCAGCUGCCGCCCAUCUUCAAGCCGCUCGCGGACAGUUCAAGUACGGUGUCAGGUUACGCCGAAGCAGCUGAGGAGCACAGCGGCAGCGCUUUUGGCCUCGGCAUCGCUCGCCCUUGCGGGUCCGGCGCUCGCAGACUUAAACGCGCUUGAAGCUGCGGCUGGUGGUGAGUUUGGAAUUGGAUCCGCGCAGCAGUACGGCGAAGCUGACCUGCAGGGCAAGGACUUCAGCGGCCAGGAUUUGCGACGAUCCAACUUCACCUCUGCGGACUGUCGUAACGCCAGCUUCAAGGGCGCCAACCUGCAGGGAGCCUACUUCAUUAAAGCAGUUACAUUCCGCACCAACUUUGAGGACGCCAACCUGUCUGACGUGCUCAUGGACCGAGCCACCAUGGUGGAGGCCAACCUGCGCAACGCGGUGCUGCAGCGGGCCGUGUUCACACGCAGCGACUUGAAGGACGCGGUGGUGGAGGGGGCGGACUUCACCAAUGCGCUGCUGGACAAGACGCAGGUCAUGGCACUCUGCAAGUACGCGGACGGCGUCAACCCCGUGACGGGCGUCAACACGCGCAAGUCGCUGGGUUGCGGCAGCCAGCGGCGCUACAAGGCGUCAUUCCCUUCCAACCCGGACGGACCACAGGUGGCCGAAGAUGAGAAGGACGCCUUCCGCAAGACAUUGCCCGUGUACCGCCAAUGAUUAAAUACGUGAGCUUUGUUCAUGGCAGGGGGUUAGCUAGGAACAUGCGAACGCCACCUUGUGUAUUUUUGGCUAACAGCGCUGUCCGGCGCUGUUGGGUGCCAUGAGGCCUGCUGUGGCGCUGAAUCCUGGACACGGAAAACCCAAUCCUAAGCUACUGCUAUGUGGUGUGUGGGCGGAUAUGUGUCGUACCGUGUUUUGAUGUGAUGCUAUGUAUUCUCUCGUUCUACCCUGCAUCCGCCGGUGGCACCCUUGAACGGUAUGCUCGGGUGGUGCACGACGUGGGGGCCGUACGAUCGCAUGAAGGGGGCCUACUGAUAGAGGCUGUGAGGGUGUUGGAUAUGCGUAAACUAACUUUAAGCCGUAUUGAAGUUGCGUGUCGUGCGGAAGACGUCUGGGGAUGUGGGUAGGCCUGGGUUUCGGUUGCAGUGGUUGCAAUAGUAUGGGUCAGCAUUUAGGGGGGCUGCAUGGGACACUACGAUAGGUGUGCCUUACCAGGGGGAAGGACGAGAGCGGGAAAGGUGCACUGAAUCCUUCUUCCUGAUUGGCUCGUACAUGUGCUGGACGAGCGUUAGAUCUGUAGUGUGUGUUCUGUGCAAGCGAUGCUAGAUUGGAUGAGCUCGCAGUACUCGUCCGUGU